UAGGACAGGUCACCUCACCCCUGACCACUGGUGACCUUCACACAGUGCUAACACAGUAGCACGGAAAAGUGGCGCCACACUGCCACUGUUGCAUCGUGCUGGCUCUGCGUGCAGCGUGUAGCCUCCCGCUGGCGUGAGCAGCGUGGCGUCCGUAGGCGGGAGUGUUGUCAGCCAAUCACGGCGGGCACGUGGUGGACCUCUGCGCGUCGCGAUAGUGUUGGGCGGACGCCUGGGGACAUGCGGCCCGCCUCCCUCCGCCCUGACGCGUUACGGGGACGCGGUAUUGCACACAGUACGGGCCUGGCGUGUCCUUUUAGCCCGCAUGAUGGGCGGCGCCGCGGGCAAAGUGGGGGCUGCUCGGCGCCAGCACCGCCCCGGGGUUCCCAGCAGCAGUGAGUCAGUGGGUCACGGCCUCACCAGUCCCGCCGCGCAGACCAACCUCGCCUCACGUGCCUCCGCCGCCCUCGUCGACCAGUGCCUCGCCUCUCGGCCUCCAUGCUAGUGCCUUCCUGAAGCAACUUCGCGCGUGCCUUCCUCGCCCGUCCCUUGCCGCCUUGCCGUUCCUGCCUGCUUGCCUGCCUGCACGCCCUCCUUGCCCAGCCACAGCGCCCCGAGGCACCGCCAAUCAUUCACCGUGCUCUUGGGACCACACUGAGUGACUACCCAAGGUGACCACUCCGCCCCUCAAUAUCCCCAUAGGCAACGCGUGGCCGCCACCACCACGACCCAAGAGGAGGAGCGCGGCGCCCUAGGCGACUGGCGGGAGCGGCGUGCCCUCCGCCACACGGCGCCCAUGACCGCCAUGUCCCGAUCCUUCCUGGUGGACUCCCUCAUUUCCCCACAGACACCGGACACCAACGGAAGGGGAACUCGCACCUACAGUCCGCCCACCAGCACGCCCAUGCCGCCCCUGCUGCCCAUCCACCAGCCGUGCCCGCCGGGGAAGCAUGGGGACGUGCUCUCCCUCUACUCGUGCCGCGCCUGCGUGCCCAUCCCCCCCGCGCUCAAGCAAGCCAUGGCGCCCUCACUCUCCUCCUCCUUCACGCCGUCCUUCGCCUCCAGUCUCGCUCACACCUCCGUCAGCCUCCCCCAGGCCCCGGUGCUGCGCCCUGUCCCUGUGUCCUUGCCCAUGCCGCACAUCUACUCGCCGCUGUACGCGCCCGUCACGCCCGCACGACCGCACCUCGCCGCCACGCCGCCCACUCUCCAUGAGAAGAAAUCGCCCAGUCAAGCAGGAGUGACACGGCCCCGCUCGCCUUCUCCCACCGAAGAUGUGCCCUCCUGCAAGCGGAUCCGCACGGCCUUCACGUCCACACAGCUGCUGGAGUUAGAGCGAGAGUUCUCCUCCAACAUGUACCUGAGCAGACUGCGCAGAAUAGAGAUCGCCACUUACCUCAACCUGUCCGAGAAGCAGGUCAAAAUAUGGUUCCAGAACAGGCGUGUCAAGUACAAGAAGGAGGAGGGCGGCCAGACGCGGGACAAGUGCUCGUGCCUCAGGACAUGCACGUCGUCGCGGCCGCGGGAGAAGGACCAGGCGGCGCCACAGGGUUGUGACAGCCAGAGCUCCGACCAGCACGCUGAGGAGGCCUCCCAGCGGCCCUGCCUUGACGCCGACCCUGGAAACGACCACAUCAAACCUGAGGGCGCCACAUGCGAGAAGAGCGACGACCAUCACCAUCAUCACCACAUGCACCACCACCUUCACCACCACCACCCGGGCCACACCGUGCUGCACGAGGACUUGCGCCGGCGGGAGGACGUGAACUCGCACAACGCCGUCACCAGCACGGAGGGACACCCGCCCGCGGGACGCCAGUAUGCCUCAGAUGCCGACUCAGACUGCGACCGAGACAGCAACGAGAAUAUUGACGUGGUGGUGUGAGCAACCCGCCUCCCCCAACCAAAUCCUCACCACCGCCCAUCACCCCUUCUUGGUGUUCAUGUGGAGAGUGAUAGAUGUGUCUAAGUGUAUCUCGAGUCACUCCUCGCUGGCAGAGACACUGAGCGCCCCUCCAGACCCAACACUAGUCUCGCAGCGUGUGUUGAGGAAAGGCAGCGCGUCUGUCGCCGGUGUAAUGAGUGAUGCAAGUAUUUAUUUGCCGUGUAGAGCAGGAGGCGACGAGUCACAACCCUCAGUGUGUCACCGGUAGCUACAGAGAGAGAGAGAGAGAGAGAGAGAGAGAGAGAGAGUCACCUCCUAUCCUUCACUGAGCCUUAUGACCGAACACAUCACAAAGAAGACCAAUUGAGUGCCUGCCUCGUGCACCACCAAGCCUCCACCAGCACUUCUCACCACCACCCCGCCCUCCUCCGUGACCCAAGUGCCUGAUGAGCUGCCUUCUGCCUUCCCGUCGCCUUAUAGCAAAGAUAACUAGUCACGAGGAGGAUCCCAGCGCAAUCUUCGGUACGCCUGCGAUGAGUGACCCUGUAGAGGUGUGCAGGUGGAGUUUUGGUUCCCAUGUUCCGGUAACGAGGAUGUGGUGGAUGUGGUGGAUGUGGUUGUAAUUAUUCCCGGUUUAUAUUGGAUUUUGCAGUAUGUGUGCGCAACCUUUUUUGAGACCAUUUUGUGUCGCAAGUCAGAGAGAGAGAGAGAGAGAGAGAGAGAGAGAGAGAGAGAGAGAGAGAGAGAGAGAGGCGCUAUAUUCAACACUGCUCUCUCACCACGACUAUUUUCAGGAGCCACAGAGAUGGUCAGUUGUGUUUCAAAGAGGAUUUCUCCAGCUUAUGAAGUGGAGAUCUUGUCAAUCUAUCACUGGAAUCAUAAAAAAAAAGCCUCAAAAAUCCAUCUGGCUUCAUCUAGGUAAAAUUCUUUGAAAAUAGUAGAGAUGUGACGCAGAAGUGUUGGAGAAUAUGGGCUAGAGAGAGAGAGAGAGAGAGAGAGAAGCUGACUGACUACUAUACAACAACAAGAGAGGUGCGGGCGCCGUGUUAUGACUCCACCAGAAGGAUAAUCACUCGGCCGGCUGCCGCUAGAGGGUUCUGAUCCGCGGGCCGCCUCGCCUAAUCCCUCACACAUUGAUUGAAUCCCCUUUAGCGCGGUCCGCUCCUUUAUUCCCUCCCUUUUUUGUGCUCGCGUGUGUGUGUGUGAUACGGAGAUAUUUUUCUGCGAAUAUUUUGCCGCCACAUUGUGCUCUAGUCACACAGUUGUUUACAAUUGUCACGUAAAGUACCGUAAAUUAGGAUUACUUAGGACCCUUGCCUCUCCCACCCCAGCUCCUCCCUCAGGACGCGCAGGGGAGGGCAGGGGAAGGGGGAGAAGGGGUUAUGACUUGCUGCUGAUAAUAAAAAGAAAGUUGACCAGUGA